AUGAACACUAGCGGCCCUGGCUAUCCGUUAGCCUCUCUCUACGUGGGGGACCUCCACCCGGAUGUGACCGAAGCCAUGCUCUAUGAGAAGUUCUCGCCUGCUGGGCCCAUUAUGUCCAUCCGAGUCUGUCGGGACGUCGCCACGCGCCGAUCGCUGGGCUAUGCCUACAUUAACUUCCAGCAGCCUGCGGAUGCUGAGCGAGCGCUGGACACCAUGAACUUCGAAGUGAUCAAAGGCCGUCCCAUCCGCAUCAUGUGGUCCCAGCGGGACCCGGGGCUCCGGAAGUCGGGGGUUGGAAACAUCUUUAUCAAGAACCUGGAUGACUCCAUUGAUAACAAAGCCCUGUAUGACACGUUCUCCGCCUUUGGAAACAUUCUGUCAUGCAAGGUGGUUUGUGAUGAAAACGGAUCCCGCGGCUAUGGCUUUGUUCACUUUGAGACUCAGGAGGCAGCGACUCGGGCCAUCGAGACCAUGAAUGGGAUGUUGCUCAACGACCGGAAGGUGUUUGUUGGCCAUUUCAAAUGCCGCAAAGAGCGCGAGGCAGAGUUUGGGGCUCGGGCAAUGGAGUUUACCAACGUCUACAUCAAGAACUUUGGGGAUGAUAUGGAUGACGACAGACUGCGGGAAAUAUUCUCCAAGUUUGGAAAGACGCUAAGUGUCAAAGUCAUGAUGGACAACACUGGCCGCUCAAAGGGCUUCGGGUUUGUCAACUUUGAGAAGCACGAAGAAGCCCAGAAGGCGGUGGCCGACAUGAACGGGAAGGAGAUCAACGGGCGGAUGGUGUACGUGGGCCGAGCCCAGAAGCGGCUGGAGCGCCAGAGCGAGCUGAAGCGGAAAUUUGAGCAGAUCAAGCAGGAGCGAGUGAGCAGGUACCAGGGGGUCAACCUGUACGUGAAGAACCUGGAUGAUGGGAUAGAUGAUGAGAGGCUGAGGAAGGAGUUCUCUCCCUACGGCACCAUCACCAGUGCCAAGGUGAUGACAGAGGGUGGCCACAGCAAAGGGUUUGGGUUUGUAUGUUUUUCCUCCCCAGAAGAGGCUACCAAGGCCGUGACAGAAAUGAACGGGCGGAUCGUCAGCACCAAGCCUCUCUACGUCGCGCUCGCUCAAAGGAAAGAGGAGCGGAAAGCAAUCCUCACCAACCAGUACAUGCAGAGAUUAGCCACAAUGAGGGCUCUGCCUGGCCCUCUUCUGGGCUCCUUCCAGCCCCCCCCGGGGUACUUCCUACCCCCUAUCCCCCAGCCACAAACCAGAGCUACCUUCUACAGCCCCAGCCCAGUUGUCCCAGUCCGUCCUGCCACUCGCUGGAGUGCGCAGCCCUCCCGGCCUCCCCCAGCGUAUCCUGCAGCUACCCCCAUCCUGAGGGCCGCCGCGCCGCCCCGGCGCCUGCUGUCCAACAUCAGCACCAUGAGACAGGCCUCCACCCAGGUGCCCCGCGUGCCCCCCCAGGCCCAGAGAGUGGCUAACAUCGGGACGCAGACCAUCAGCGCUCGGGUGCCCUCCUCGCCCACCCUCCCGCGGGGCACCCCGCAGUACAAGUACUCCUCGGCCGUCAGGAACGUCCAGCCCAUGGGGCACGUGCCGCCCGUGGUGGCCCCGCAGGUGGGAGAACCUGCUGUACAUGUCCAGGGGCAGGAGCCGCUGACAGCAUCCAUGCUCGCAGCAGCCCCUCCUCAGGAGCAGAAGCAAAUGAUAGGUGAGCGCCUCUACCCUCUGAUCCAUGCGAUGCAUCCCUCGCUGGCCGGCAAGAUCACUGGGAUGCUGCUGGAGAUAGACAACUCUGAGCUGCUGCUGCUCCUGGAGUCCCCCGACUCCCUGCGCUCCAAGGUAGGAGUAACUCGCAACUCAACUUCUUCCCCACCUUGUGCUCCCUGUUGUAAGAUCGAGGAAGCGGUCGCUGUUCUCCAAGCGCACCAGGCUACCAACACCUCGCACAAGAGCAGCGCCGCGGCAUUCCUGCAGUGA